CCGUUGCCUAGAGUGGCGGAGGCGAGCAUGCCCCCCGCCUUUCUCCGCCGGCUCCGGCGCCGGCGGCUGCUCCUCCGCCACUCGCCCCACAUCGUCUUUCUCCGUCUCCAUGGCGCCUCGGAAAACCGCGCCGACCACUCUCCACGAACCCCCGCCGAUGACCAGGCACGCGCGGUGCUCGACGAACGGCCGCACCUGGACGCCGUCGCCUACGCCGCCACGGUCGACCUCCGCCCGAGGCCCCACGACCUCCCGCGCGCGGUGCCUGCGUCCGCCCGCGGCCCCCAUCUGGACACCUUCAUGCUCGACGGGCACGUCAAGGCCGGCCGCGUCGACCGCGCCCGCAGUCUGUUCGACGGAAUGACGGUCAAAAGCGUGGCCGCCUGGACCUGCGUGCUGUCCGGAUACUGCCGCGCCGGGCGCGUCGAAGAGGGGCGCGCCCUGUUCGAUGCGAUGCCGGCCCGCAACGUCGUCUCGUGGACGACGAUGUUGCAGGGGUACGCGCGCAGCGGAAUGCUGAGGGAGGCGAGGGAGCUGUUCGACCGGAUGCCGGAGAGGAACGUGGUCACCUGGACGGUCAUGGUGAAGGCCUAUGCCGACCACGGUCACUUCCAGGAAGCCAUGGAGCUGUUCGACAGGAUGCCCCAGAGGAACCCGUAUUCUUGGACCGCCAUGAUCUCUGGUUUCCUCCGUGCCGGGAAAGUGGACGAGGCGGUCCGGCUGUUCGAGAGGAUGCCGGAUAGGAACGUGGUUUCUUGGACCACGAUGGUCACUGGCUUAGCGCAGAGCGGCCGCGUUUCGAUGGCGAGAGAGUUCUUCGACAGAAUGCCGAAAGACAAGGACAUCGUGGCAUGGAAUGCCAUGGUGACUGCUUGUGCCAACGACGGCCAGAUGAACGAGGCUCAGAGAUUGUUUGAUUCUAUGCCUGCAAAGAACCUGGUGAGCUGGAAUGCCCUAAUCCAUGGCUAUGCCAAGGGCGACCGUAAGGACGAAGUAAUCGGUUUAUUCCUUCUCAUGCUCCGGUCAGCAGUAUCUCCUGACAUCACCACAUUGAUCAGUGUCUUGGUUACAUCCAACAGCAUAGUUGAAGUUGGGCAAAUCCAUGGCUUCGCUACCACACGAGGUCUCCUGUCAGACACCUCCUUAGGAAACGCUCUGCUCACAAUGUACUCAAGGAGUGGCGACCUGUGCUCUGCCUGGCAAGCUUUCAAGAUGUUACAAGAGAAGGAUUCUAUCACAUGGACAUCGAUGAUGCAAGCCUUCGCCAACCAUGGACGUGCCUCCUACGCGCUGCAGGCAUUUGCUCAGAUGCUGCGACAUGGAUAUAAGCCCAGCUCGACCACCUUCACCGCUGUGCUGUCAGCCUGCAGCCAUGCCGGUUUUGUCAAGAAAGGCCGGUCAAUCUUCGUAUCAAUUCGCCAAGCCUAUGGGCUUGACCCGACAAUCGAGCACCACACCUGCCUCGUUGACAUCCUCGGCCGUGCAGGGCAUGUGAGGGAAGCAAUGGAGGUCGUCGCUGCCAUGCCACCGAAAAUGCGCGACGACGCUGUCCUGAGGACGCUGCUGGGGGCCUGCAUGAUGCAUAAUGAGGUUGAUGCAGCAAGGGAAGUGGGGGAGGCUCUUGCCAAGUCUGACAGCUCCUUUGGUUCAGAGUCAGAGGGCUACUACAAGGUUCUGGCCAAUGUGUUUGCAUCAGGCGGGAUGUGGGAGGAGAUGGCAGGUGUGUGGAAGGCUAUGAAGGGGAGCAAUGUGAGGAAGACACCCGGGGUUAGCCAGAUCGCCGUGGACGUGACGACCCACACGUUCUUCUCCAGGGAUCAGAUGCAUCCGCAAUGUGCAGAGAUAUAUGAGAUGCUGGACGACACGCUUGUCCCCCAGAUGAUGAAGACGGAUCUACCAACUGAAACAGUGCUCAUUUCAUCCCACACACAAUGCUUUGACACAUAAUACAGAUAUAUGAGAUGCUAGAGCCCUGCGAUCUACUGUCCUGACAGAAAAGAGGAACGCCAACUUAGAGCCCUGCAUUCACGAGUUUCUUUAGCUACCGAACUCUUGAACCUCAAGAUAUCUGGAACUGUCUCUCAGAAUUUAUUGAUGGACAUAUGUGUUGGUGCUGAUAUAUACACCCAUCAGUGUCCUCUUGUUGUCCAUUUGGGAGACAUGUGCGGGUGCUGCAGACCUCACUGGAAUUUGCUGGCAAUCAAUGAAUUCAGAGAUAAAGCAUGAGAGGGUCUAAAACACGA